AAUAAAUUCCGUUGCUUUCGCUCCUUGGGGAUCCGAUUUCCUUGCCGUUGGAAGGAAGGGGAAGGAAUGAAUAAAUUGUCUUAAUCGGUUUAAUCGCUUUGAUUUUUUUUGUUUUCAACCCACUAAAUUCUUUCUCCCAGUCGCCAUGGCUGCUGCUGGUGGCGGAUUAGUGAGAGUUCUUUUGGCCUUAGCCGUCCUCGGCAGCUUUGUGGACGGACAGAUCAAGGAUCUGUCGGAACCCCCCAUGAUUGCUGGCCUUCAAGUAGAACCCGCAUUGAGGGGUUACGGCCCGCCAGUGAUGCCAAUGCCAGCUCCAGUUGUGCCCAUGGAUCCCUACAGAGUGGCCCAAUGGCCAGGGUUUGAUACCCCAGAACAGCCUCAGAUCCCUGAGCAAAUGCCACAACAAAGACAAUUGCCUCCUCCGCCAUCUUCAGGUUCCAUGCCGGGUCCAAGCAAUUCUGGAGGAAGUUUCGGAUGGUCCCAACAGUCCCCAGUAAUGCUUCCACCUUCAUCAAACCAAGACCCCUGGGAUGAACCACCUCAAAACCUAGUGGGCUACAUUCCAAGGGUUGUCAGACCUGCUUCUCCAGGAAUUCCUUUGACAUAUUCUUAUGGAGGAGCAGCACCCAUGAGCGGGGUUGUGUACUCCAAGGAUGCCCAAAAAUUUAGGCACGAAGGAGCUGAUGACGAUGAAUUCGACGAUAAUGCAGCUGCUGACAACUAUGGACUUUUGGAAAGAUCAGCUUCAGAAAAGGACUGGAGGAAUUCUGCGAAACCUGGAUACAAGAAAUCCGCUUCGUCCGAAGAAUUCGAACUUCCGUACGAACUACCAUCAGACAUCGAUGCCUAUUCACCGAGAGUCGACCCUUUCUUGCCAACACCCAUGGAUUUCCGUAGCAAAUCUCUCGCAGGAUCAGAACUCCUGAAAAACCCGAUGCCGAAGGGCAGCAAAUCCUUGAACUGCUACAAAUGCGGGUACGCGUGCAACUCGAGGAUCGGAGUGCCUGUGAUUUGCAACAGUCCUUUGGAGCAAUGUGCGACUUUCUAUGACCCACAAACACUAGACGUGACUGCGAGAGGCUGCAAAAUCAACGGUGAACCAGGCUGCUUUUUAACUGAAGAUGGUGUUUAUGGUUGUACUUGUAAAUCCCAGCUUUGCAACGACUUCAAAAUGUACAAGGUAACUGGGAGAAUUUUCAAUGAACUGUUCGAGCCGUCUUCCAAGGGUGGCAAAAAAAGAGUGGACCAGGAAACCUGUGACCCUUGCACCAAGGGUUGCAACAAACCCUGCCCACCCCCAGUUGUGCCAACUCCCCCGGGCCCAGAAACC